AUGCAAAUCACAAAGAAAAGAUUCUUUCUACCGAAGGAGGAAAAGAAACAAGAAGUGAAAGUAGAACCAGCUACGAAUGAGGAUAGUUUGUUCGUGGAAGAUGAAGAAGAGGAGGAUGACAAGGCAACCGUAAUUCAAACACAGAAUCCUCCUCAUAUAAGCUCAACCAUUUCGUUCAAAAAGUUUUCCAAGGAUCUACAGGCAAUUGUAGGUGAAAUUUCUCCCAUAAUACUAUAUUAUCUAUACGAUAAAUACUCAGCAAGCCCUUUUAGUGUCAAGCAUGCUACUCAUGAACUAUUCACAAAUCCCCCUGAUAUUGAUGAGUUGCAACGCGUAAGUACAACGCGCCCGGAACUGCCAUUAUGUUCAUCUCCAACAAUUGAUGCGGCAUCUAUACUUUCGCAACAAGUGAUGCGACCAAAUACCCCAUCCACAAAUUCUUCCUCGCCUUUGAAACGAAUCAACGAUGACCUUGAAGUUGGGCUGCAUGGCAAACGGUUCCAUUCGGAACCAAAAGACAUUGAUUCUCACGAUGAAGCUAAUUCGUGGCACAGAUAUGUUGGUACAUUAGACGUGCAAGCAUGGGCAACUAGGCCAACAAUAAAACCGCUCAAAUAUCAGGAUAGACUUGUGGUCAAGAGACUAGUUCCGCGAAAUUCAACUGCUCAAAAGAGUUCCAUUAUACGGUUGUGUUUAAAUGAUAGGGAAAUCGGCAGAUUACCUGAAGACUUGACAAGAAUUUUCAGUCCCUUGAUUGAUCAAAACAUUGCAGAUUUCGAAGUUAUCGUAUUGGAAACGACGAAGCGUCGAUUAUCCACGGGAGAUUCAUUUUAUGUUCAAAUAUUGGUGUACCUUAAAAGUACUGGGUUUGUAAAAAAUAUCGAUUUGGCAGUGGAGCAAUCCGGCCUCAAAAAGGGACCUAAUUUCAACUUUGCAACCGAAAGCGAAGGUGAAGCAUCGAUGAGAUUGCGACAAGCUGGUGUAUCAAAUUUGUUUGAGAGGCUAAAGCUAAAACCACUCAAGUUGAUUAACGACAAUAAGGAAGAUGAGGUGAGUUUAUCUCAGCCAGUAGAAAUUACUGGCUCCGAAGUUGAAGAGGUUGCCGAUGAAGUCAGCUUUGAUCAAUUGAGACAAUUUUAUCAAGCUAAUAAUCAAUCAAAGUUGUUGGAGAGUUUACCAGAGACAACUGAGCCUCCAAAGGAAAAUUUCAAUAUGUCAUUGAGAGAGUAUCAAAAGCAUGGACUUUCGUGGAUGUUGGCAAGGGAAAAGGAAGUCGACGUUUUAGAACAAUGCAUGGGGCAAGAUCAGCUACCUUCCGAAACAAGAAAGAACAUAGAGGAAGCAGGUACAAUGAAUCCCCUUUGGAGGAAAUACAAAUGGCCUGGCGAGGGUCAUACCCUGCAAGACUGUACUGGCUCUACACAAUCUCCCUCUCAAAAUCAAGACAAUUAUUUUUAUGCCAAUUUAUACAAUGGAGAAUUGUCGUUAGAGAAACCGAUAAUAAAAUCCAGUUUACAAGGGGGUAUUCUUGCUGAUGAAAUGGGUUUAGGAAAGACCAUUGCCACAUUGGCAUUGGUGAACUCUGUGCCCUAUGAUAGUGCUCACGUGGAGGAGAAUCGCUAUGCUUCGAAAACCACCUUGAUUGUUGUCCCCAUGUCCUUGUUAACUCAAUGGAAAGAAGAAUUUGAAAAGGCUAAUAACAAUGAUAGCCACAUUUGUCGGUUAUAUUACGGAAAUGAAACCGAAAACGAUUUAUCCUUAUCCUUGUGCAAUUUAAAGCCAAAUUCAAAAAUACCCAUUGUUGUCAUUACUACUUAUGGUACAAUAUUGAAUGAGUAUACAAGAAUAUCCAAAAAUCGUAAUUCUAAAGGGGAACUUCCCAAACUGGGAUUAUAUUCAGUCAAGUUUUUCCGGAUAAUUCUUGAUGAAGGACAUAACAUUCGUAAUCGGAAUACCAAAACGGCAAAAUCUGUUUAUGAAUUACAACUGAACAGAAAAUGGGUUCUUACUGGUACCCCAAUCGUCAAUAGGUUAGAUGAUUUGUAUUCGUUGGCCAAGUUCUUGGAGUUGGAUCCGUGGAAUAAUUUCUCCUAUUGGAAGACGUUUGUUACUUUGCCCUUUGAACAAAAGAAGAUUUCGCAAACUUUAGAUGUGAUAAAAUCCAUAUUGGAACCGAUUUUUUUACGAAGAACAAAGAAUCAGAAAAAAAAUGGUAAACCAUUAGUUGAACUUCCCGAAAAGGAAGUUGUGAUUGAAGAGAUCAAGUUUAAUGAUCAAGAAGCUAAGCUUUACAAUUGGUUUAAGUCAAGAGCAUUCGAAUCAUUUGAAGAAGGGGUAAAAACGGGGCAAUUGAUGCGUCAGUAUACUCAGAUAUUGACUCAUAUCUUAAGAUUGAGACAGGUUUGUUGUCAUGUAGAUUUAAUUGGUGGUGCUCAUGAAAUGGAUGAUGAUGUAAUUGAUCUAGAAGCAGAUGAAGAAAUGAAGACUUUUUUGAAAUCAAUCAAGGACCAAAGUGGCAAAUUCACCAAUGAUACUGAAGUGAAGCAAAUCAUUUACAAAUUGUAUGAUUGUGUCAAGCCAGAAAACGAAUGUUCAAUAUGUACAACAUCACCAAUUCCUAUAAACGAGCUCACCAUUACCCCUUGUGGACAUACAUUCUGCUUUUCAUGUAUUUUAGAACAUUUGGAUUUUCAACUGGAAUUAAAACGAGAUAAGCAAUGUCCCAAUUGUCGAGAACCCAUUUCCAAAUACAAAUUAUUUCGAAUUCGGAGUCAAAAAACCACCAGUAAUGAAAUUCGAUUCCAUACCCAAAAUCGAGAUCAUCAUAGGGACUACGAUUUUCAAAUUUAUUUACAUGACCCUAACAGAACAAGUUCGAAAAUCCACGCACUUAUCAAGCAUUUAAAACUGAUUCAAAUUAAUGAACCAAAUCUGAAAGUGAUUGUUUUUUCUCAAUUUGCUUCAUAUUUAGAUAUAUUGGAAGUGGAAUUAAAAUUAACCAGUGAUGAUUUUAUCGUUUACAAAUUUGAUGGGAGAUUGAAUAUGAAUGAUCGUGGAAAGUUACUUAAUCUGUUUAAUGAACCAUUGGCCAAUGGUAAAAUUGCCAUCUUGCUAUUGAGUUUGAAAGCUGGUGGUGUGGGGUUGAAUUUGACGACAGCCUCAAGAGCAUUUAUGAUGGAUCCUUGGUGGAGUCCAAGUAUAGAAGAUCAAGCAGUUGAUAGAAUCCAUCGAAUUGGUCAAAAUGAGACUGUGAAAGUUGUGAGAUUUAUAAUGAAGAAUAGUAUUGAGACGAAAAUGCUCAAGAUUCAAGAACGGAAGAAGCAAAUUGGAGAAGCAGUAGGUGUUGAAGAAGAAGAGAGAAGAAAGAGAAGAAUCGAGGAAAUACAAAUACUUUUCGAAGAGUAA